AGAGUAAAAAUGCGUAAAACAUGGGUUAAACGAGACAACAUCUACUAUAAACCUUUCUACAAGCAAAAGCUCAAGCUGACGCUGAUUGGCGUAAUAGCGAUGGGCAUCCUGUUUUUCGUGUAUCAGCUCGUGUACAUCAGUCAGUUGCUACCGCUGGAAUCGAUGCCGGCGGGACCGAAAAUUCGGCCGCAUAAGGCAGAUAGUAAUGAUAAUCCCAUUACCUUGGUAGAACUGGCGGGACGGAAGGAUGCGGAACACGCCGACCGGGCCCAUCGGAAGCCAAACCAACAGCAGGGAAGUGACGCCGUAAGAAACGAGUCGAACAGCGGCAAAUCGAACACCUGGAACAAUGCACAGUUUGCGUACGUAGAGAAAAUAGGCAAUUAUGAGCGCAAGAUAUUGCGUGGCAUUCGACUGCUCGAUCUGGAUCACUACAGUGAAAAGCCCGGCACGGUAAAGUUUCGGUGCUUGGCCUCACGCAAAGAAAUUCCUUGGGAGUGGGUAAACGAUGACUACUGUGACUGCCCGGAGGAUGGUAGCGAUGAGCCAAGCACGAAUGCCUGUCCCGAGGGACGUUUUUACUGCCGAUUCCAGAAGCGUCACAAAACGGGACGAGGCAAGGAUGUUUUCGUACCGAGCGGUUGGGUGAAUGACGGUGUUUGUGAUUGCUGUGAUGGUUCCGAUGAGUGGCUGGCUCGUGUGAGACCCGGCCCACCUUGUCCGAACGUUUGUAAAACCAAUUAUGUUUUGUAA